CUCUCUCGUAGCACCACCGACGAUCCGGUCACCGGGGCGGCCCGUCACCUUUCAGUUUUGGGAGAAUGGAUUUCAGCUCGAGAGGAGGGGACGGGAGCCCGAGCGGCCCCCGCGGCGCGUGGUUGUAGGACGAGAUCUAAAAGGCGCGUGGUCGGCGCGGCGGCCACCUCCGUUCAUUCUCACUGCUGUUCUCCUCUCUGCAGAGCGUGCUGCUGGUGCUGGUCCGGUCGGUGGCGUCGGCAGGAGCGGCCGAUCUGUUCUCUACUGCUUUGCUCUGUGUGUGUGUAUGAGCGCGCGGAUCUGCCGUGUGCAUGUGUGGUUGCGCGUGAACCGGCGAAAAUCAAAGAGCAAGCAGGCCAGCGCGAGCCAGCAAGGAACGCACGCACGCAGGCAGGGGCACAGAGGCAGCCCGCGAGCGCUCGGCUAGCAACCGCACUGUACGCUGCGAGAGAUGGUCACGUCCACACCGGGGAUCCUUCUGCUGCCGAUACUAAUAUGUCUCCAGCACUGCGUUAACGUCCACGCUACUAAGACAGAAUGUGAGGCCAGCCAGUUCCAGUGUGGAAACGGUCGCUGCAUCCCUUCCGUCUGGCAGUGUGACGGAGACGAGGACUGCACCGAUGGCAGCGACGAGGGCUCCUGUGUUAGAAAAACAUGUGCGGAGGCGGACUUUGUGUGUCAAAAUGGCCAAUGUGUCCCAAAGCGAUGGCACUGUGAUGGGGAGCCGGACUGCGAGGAUGGGACCGACGAGAGCUUAGAAAUUUGCCACAUGCGGACGUGUCGUGUGAACGAGUUUAGCUGUGGAGCGGGCUCUACACAGUGCAUACCCAUCUUCUGGAAAUGCGACGGAGAGAAGGACUGUGACAACGGAGAAGAUGAGGUCAACUGUGGUAACAUCACCUGUGCUCCAAACGAGUUCACAUGCGCCAGUGGCCGCUGCAUCUCCCGGAACUUUGUGUGCAACAGCGAGGAUGACUGUGGUGAUGGCUCUGAUGAGGUGGAGUGCGCUCCAUCCUCCUGUGGUCCCAGUGAGUUCCAAUGUGGGAACACCUCAUGCAUCCCAGCCAGCUGGGUGUGCGACGAUGAUGUUGACUGCCAGGACCAAUCAGAUGAGUCGCCGACUCGUUGUGGCCGUCACCCAACGCCACCAGCCAAGUGUUCAUCCAGUGAGAUGCAGUGCCGCUCAGGAGAGUGUAUUCACAAAAAGUGGAGGUGUGAUGGAGACCCCGACUGCAAGGAUGGCAGCGAUGAAGCCAACUGUCCUGUACGCACCUGUGGACCAGAUCAGUUCAAGUGUGAUGAUGGAAACUGUAUCCUGGGCAGCAGACAGUGUAACGGCCUCAGAGACUGCACGGACGGAUCAGACGAAGUCAACUGUAAAAACAUGACUCAGUGUAAUGGGCCAGAGAAGUUCAAGUGUCGCAGCGGAGAGUGUAUUGAGAUGAGCAAAGUGUGCAACAAGGCCCGAGACUGUCCCGACUGGAGCGACGAACCCAUCAAGGAAUGCAAUCUAAACGAGUGUCUCCUGAACAACGGCGGAUGCUCUCACAUCUGCAAAGACAUGGUGAUUGGCUUUGAGUGUGACUGCACACCUGGACUUCAGCUCAUAGACCACAAGACCUGUGGAGACAUCAAUGAGUGUCUGAACCCAGGCAUCUGCAGUCAGAUCUGCAUCAACCUGAAGGGAGGGUACAAGUGCGAAUGCCACAACGGUUACCAGAUGGAUCCAACCACCGGAGUGUGCAAGGCUGUUGGUAAGGAGCCCUGCCUGAUCUUCACCAACCGACGUGACAUCCGUCGUCUGGGUCUGGAGAGGAAAGAGUACACUCAGAUUGUGGAGCAACAGAGGAACACAGUGGCUCUGGAUGCAGACUUCAACCAGCAGAUGAUUUUCUGGGCUGACCUGGGCCAAAAAGCCAUUUAUAGCACUGUGCUGGACAAACGGGGAGAAGUCGGCACACACAACAAAGUGAUAGACAAUGUCCAGACUCCUGUGGGAAUCGCUGUGGACUGGAUCUAUAAGAACUUGUACUGGUCUGAUCUUGGCACCAAAACAAUUUCUGUUGCCAACUUCAAUGGAACCAAGCAGAAGGUUCUGUUUAACAGAGGGCUCAAAGAACCAGCCUCCAUCGCCGUGGAUCCACUUUCUGGGUUUCUGUACUGGUCUGACUGGGGCGAGCCAGCCAAGAUUGAGAAAUCUGGUAUGAAUGGAGUUGACAGACAGGUUUUGGUGGCGUCGGACAUCCAGUGGCCCAAUGGAAUCACCCUAGAUCUGAUCAAAGGCAGGUUGUACUGGGUCGACUCCAAGCUGCACAUGCUUUGUAGUGUCGACCUGAAUGGAGACAACAGGAAGAAAGUCCUCCAGUCUUCUGACUACCUGGCUCAUCCCUUCGCUCUUACUGUUUUUGAGGAUCGAGUCUUCUGGACAGAUGGUGAAAAUGAAGCGAUCUACGGUGCAAACAAGUUCACUGGCUCUGAUGUGGUGACGCUGGCCAGCAACCUAAAUGACCCCCAAGACAUCAUAGUGUACCAUGAGCUGAUCCAGCUGUCGGGUACUAACUGGUGCACAGAGAAGGGUGAAAAUGGAGGCUGUAGCUACAUGUGUCUGCCUGCACCUCAGAUCAAUAAACACUCCCCUAAAUACACCUGUGUGUGUCCAGAAGGACAGGAGCUAACUGCUGACGGCCUACGCUGCAGACCCGACCCUACUACCAAAGAUCCCUCAAAGGAUGAUGGGAAAGCACUUAUACAACCACACUCAGAAGCCAAUGUGAGCACAUCGAUCCAGGUGGACGCAACAGCCAGAGGGUCUGCUGCAGCCUGGGCCAUACUGCCAGUCUUGUUGCUGGCAAUGGCGGUGGCAGGCGGGUACCUGAUGUGGAGAAACUGGCAACUGAGGAACCAGAAGAGUAUGAACUUUGACAACCCUGUCUACCUGAAGACCACAGAAGAAGACCUCAACAUCGACAUCACCCGGCACAGUGCCAACGUGGGACACACCUACCCUGCAAUUUCGAUAGUGAGCACAGAUGACGAUUUAUCAUGAUCGUCUUGGGUUUUGUUUUUUUGCUUUUUACGGCAACCCGCAGCGUUCAGUGGAGCCUCCUCGUUCCUGUGCCAAAGGUUGUCCGUAGCAACAGCAGCAGCCCUUACAGUACGACCACAUGCCUUCUGAAGUGCAUUAUGUCAUUAUCUGUGGAGAGGAUGACAUCAACAAAUGUUAUUUAUUAUGUGAAUAUUACAAUGAAUUAUGUGUCAUAACUGUUUUCACUCAGUCAAGUAUUCAGGAUUUUUUUUCUUUUCGUUGUCAUUGUUUUGGGGCCGCAGACGGCUUCCUGUCCCUCCUGAUGCCAUCUUUUCACAAGAGAUGAGAGAAACACAACGAAUCUCAGUUUUUGGGAACCUGGAAAUUACCCAGAGGACAGUGUUUUUCUAAUCAAACAGAGGGACUCUGUGGGACAUGAUGCAAAACUGGAUCUGAGCAUGUCGGUACGAGACGCCACACGUGUUAAAGACAGCGUGAGACUCCAUUUCAAUAGUGUCAGAGUGGAGAGGGGUCAAGGGUCACUCAGGAGUGAGGCGUUCAUCUGGAAAAUUGGUCCAAACUAUUUCUUACUUGCUUGGAUCCAACAGGCUGGGCUGUGUGAAUAUUUAUGUGCCAUCAUGGUUUGGGCAAUUAUAUCUAAGGUGUAAGUUUUAUUUUGUUUGUUUUUUAUUUUUAGGUUUCUUUCCAGCGGUACUUCCUAGAUUACAUUCUUACAAGCAGUUAGUUCAGUCAGUUAUUAUUAUUAAUAUUAUUACUAUUAUUAUUAUCAAAGCUGUGUAAGGAUCACCAUGGUUACAGCAUUUGUAAACAUUGUAUAUAAUUACCCAUCAUCCCUCAGAGACAUGACGGUCAAUCAGGACUCUCUUCAAUGCACUUUGAUCAAAUGUUCCUUGUGUAAAUAAGAUUGUAUACAUUUGACUUGAAAUCAAUUUUUUGCUAUGGUUGGGCAUCGUACCAGGGUUAGAGUUCAGAUGUAUUUAACUAGAAAGAAAAAUCUGAAAAAAAAGACGACACAACUGAAUUUGGUAAAACUAUUUUGUAUGUUUGUGUGCUGUUGCUGUGAACUUUUUCUAGCCUUGUACAGUGAGGGGGAAGACUAUUAAAACUUAAAAGCUCUGUAUCUGUGAAGAAACCGAUUUGCAAAUCACUUGAGAAUUAAAAUCUAAUCCACAACGUUGUUCAAAA